UCGUAAAAUAUACGAUAAAAUUCAAAUAUACGUUCAAAAAUGAUUUCAGUAGACUGGUUUGGAAUACUUUGUAUAUUAGUAUUACUAACAGAAUCAAGAUCUAGAAAAUACGAUGUCGAUUCUGAAGCCAGAAAGAUUUACGGCCAAGAUUUGAAGUCAGUUUUACUCCGAUUCAGAAAAACUCCGGAUUACAUACAAAUAUUGAAUGAAGAACUGUCAAUACUACACGAGAAAUUAAAAGUGGCCAUGCUCCAGUAUUCUUUCUACUACGCUAAAAAACUGAAGGAAAGGGUCGAACAAGUGGUGUGCGAUAAUUCGACGAAUGGGGUGCUACGUACACAGUCGACUAGUGGAGAUUAUUACACCAAAUACAUCGGCAUCCACCGCAAGCCAAUAGUACGACAGCACACACACAACAUGUCCGGUGUGGAACGUCUAGAGCAGUACGUCAGAUUGAACCCCACUCUAUCACUGAAUAUGAGGAAUAGGAUGGUGGACCUUGGCUUUGAAUAUAGCGGGCAUGUUAUCCACGGUAUCAUCAAAUCAAUAUCGCCUGAUGAAAACUCAAUGUCUACAAUGCAGGCUAUGGACGCUUCAGAGAAAAUAUAUACCACACAUAGCUCGCAUCAAGUAACCCGAUACCCGACAACGUUGGAAACUACAGAAAACCCAGCUUUAUACAGAAACUUUAAUAAAGAUACGCGUCAUGUUUAA